AUGUCACAGAAGUCUACAAAUAAACUAGAAAGUCCCCGAGUGAAUACGGCCAUGGGAAAUAAGUCAGUGUACCCUUUUCUUCUCUCCGAAUUGGUUCAAUCUGGACGGGGGACCCGCCACAAAAAUACAUUUGUUGUCGUCAUCAUCUCUGACGCUUCCUCCUUUUCAUCCUCUUGUUCAUUUCUCCAAAACUUUUGA